AUGGAGAACAUGAUGCAGGGCAAUAAGAUCAGACGAGUUGCAGCUACUCGCAUGAAUGAGAGGUCAUCUCGAUCACACACGAUUUUCCGGAUUAUUCUGGAGUCGAAAGAUGCCAAUCAGAAAGAUGGACCUGUACAUAUAAGCUACCUUAACUUAAUGGACUUAGCUGGUUCUGAGAGAGUUUCUCUGACGAAAGCUGCUGGUGAGCGUCUUAAAGAGGGGGCUAACAUAAACAAAUCUUUGUCAGUAUUAGGAAAUGUGAUAAGGCAACUAAGCGAGGGGAAGGAGUUUAUCAGUUAUCGCGAUUCGAAAUUGACUAGACUGCUCUCACAGGCUCUUGGCGGUAAUGCCAAAUCAUUGAUUAUCGGGAAUCAGGAAUGUACAAAUUCAGAUGUAUAUGGAUCUGUAGUAAAACCUUUAGUCGAUUCCUUCAUGGAAGGUUUCAAUGCCACAAUAUUUGCAUAUGGCCAAACAUCUUCUGGCAAAACACACACCAUUUUGGGCAAUAAAACAGAUCCUGGGCUUUUCCAAUUAGUAUCCAAUCAGUUAUUCCAGCAUGUGGCAGACCAGGUUGAUAAGAGGUACUUGAUUAGAUGCAGUUAUAUUGAAAUCUACAAUGAAAAGAUCAAUGACCUCCUGGAUAAGAGCAAUCAGGGUUUAACUAUAAGAGAAGAUAUCAAAGGAAAUGUGCUGCUUGAUGCAAGGGAAGCUGUCGUAGACAAUGUUGAUAAAGUUAUGGAGAACAUGAUGCAGGGCAAUAAGAUCAGACGAGUUGCAGCUACUCGCAUGAAUGAGAGGUCAUCUCGAUCACACACGAUUUUCCGGAUUAUUCUGGAGUCGAAAGAUGCCAAUCAGAAAGAUGGACCUGUACAUAUAAGCUACCUUAACUUAAUGGACUUAGCUGGUUCUGAGAGAGUUUCUCUGACGAAAGCUGCUGGUGAGCGUCUUAAAGAGGGGGCUAACAUAAACAAAUUUGUCAGUAUUAGGAAAUGUGAUAAGGCAACUAAGCGAGGGGAAGGAGUUUAUCAGUUAUCGCGAUUCGAAAUUGACUAG